AUGGGUAUUAAUUGUUCAAAUUGUUAAAGUUGUUCAAAGAAGGAUGAAAUUUAAAUUUCUGAGUUUCAUUAAUAGACAAUAAGUGGAUAAUCAAACGGUGAAGAAGUGAAUUUUGAAGAAGAAAAGGAAAAAGUGUCUUUAGAAACAGAAAAUAAUUAAUUAAUACAAUUAGUUUACGAUAACUUAAAUCCAAAUCAAUCUGUUUUAUAACCUAAUGAAAAAUAAUAAUCAGAAAUCAUUUUAACUUCAUGUAUAUUUUAGAGUAAAUAUUAUGAGAAUCCAAUAGUGAUUUAUAGAGAAGAAAGAAUGAAAUGAUUGAAAGAAAUUAUGAAGAUAUGAUGGAGACAGGAGGAAAUAAAUGUAAUACAAAAAUUAGAGAAAAAAGAUAAAAACAUUAUUUUAAAAGUGGAGCAUAUUAUGAAGGAGAAUGGAUUGGAUAAUAAAGAGAUGGAUUUGGAAUUUAAAUUUGGCCAGAUGGAGCAGGAUAUGAAGGAGAAUGGAAAGAAAAUAGAGCAAAUGGAAAAGGUAAAUUUAGGCAUGUCAGUGGAGAUUUUUAUGAUGGAGAUUGGAAAGAAGAUAGAGUUAGUGGUUAAGGAAAAUAUAUUCAUGCAAAUGGAUCUAAAUAUGAGGGAAGUUGGUUAAAUGAUUUACCACAUGGAUAUGGUAUUGAAACAUAAAUAGAUCAUUCUAAAUAUGAAGGAAAUUAUAAAUUUGGUAAAAAGAAUGGUUUUGGUAAAUAUUACUGGAGUGAUGGAUCUUUUUAUAUUGGUUAUUGGAAAAAAAAUUAAUUAGAAGGAUAUGGAAUUUAUACUUGGUCUGAUGGUAGAGUAAAUUAUUAAUUCAAUUUAGAAAUAUGUGGGAAUGUGGAGUAAAAAUGAAAUGAAUGGUAGAGGAAUUUAUACUUGGCCAGAUGGACGUUCACAUGAAGGAUAUUAUGUAAAAGAUAAAAAAUAAGGAUAUGGUAUAUAUUUAUGGCCUGAUGGAAGAAGUAUUUAAUAAAGAUUUAUUCUAGAAUAUGACGGUUAUUGGAAUAAUGGAAAAUAAUCUGGAAAAGGUAGAUAUACAUUACCUACAGGUAAAAGUUAAUUAGGUUUAUGGGAAGAUGGUCGCAGAAUCUCAUGGAUAAAUGAUGAUGAAGAUAUAAAACCUGAUGGAUGGGAUUAAUAUAAAUAACCGACAUUCCAAUAAGACAAUUUCAAUUUAACAAAUUUAUGA